AUGUCACACAAGGAGCCACACAUUAAGAGGAGAAAAUUAGCAACGGAGGAUGGCAAGUCCAAUGACGAACCCGGUGUCCCAACGUCGCUCGACAUUUCCGAGGGAGAAUACGUCGUGUCGGAGGACGAAGGGAAGGGAAGCCACAGUAGCGAUGCGGCACAUGAUGAUGCAGAUACACAUAGCGAUGGUAGUAGUGAGAAGCGGGGUGGGCAUGUGAAACACUACCUAAUUGAGCACAUGGAGGAUAAGAGCAAACUGCUAAGCGAGGUAGCUACGCUUGAAGAGAACAAGUUGUAUGUGAAAAACAUUACUGAUGAUGUUACGAAAAAGGAUUUAAUUCAUUUCUUUUGUAAUGCAACUGGGUAUGUAGACACGAGGAUGGUGCGCGACUCUUCAGGAAAAACCUCCAAACAUUUUGCCUACGUUGAAUUUGAUACUAAAGAAAAUGCAGCGAAUUUUUUUCGAACCCUAGAGGAUAGCAAUGUCGAGAAAUACAAGACAUUCGAAAUAAAAGGAGUCCACUUAUAUGUAGCCAUUUGCAACUCUACAAAAAUUAUAUAUGAGGAAAGGAAGGUUUUUAUUAAAUUUUCUCGUUGUCAGGAGGAUGUGGAUGAUGUGGUGAUUAAGAAGGGAGUCGCUGACUUUUUAGCUAGCCACGCGGUGACCGUGGAAGAGAUCCGCCUCCUCGGAGGGAAGCCCCCCACGCACGGCUACCUACACAUGAGCAACAACGAAGAUGUAGUCAAGUGCGUGGAGAUCAUCAAAGAGGGGACCUUCGCAAAUGGGCACUUCACCCUCAACUACAGCAUCCCAAUAAUAAAAAAAAAAAUCAUCCCGGACGUGGAAAAAAUUAAAGCGAACAAGGAAAAAAAUAAAAAACUCCAGGAGGAAAAAAAAAAAGAAGAAAAUAAUUGUACCAUCGUUGUGAAAAAUUUGAAUUUCAACACAAGGAAGAAUAAGCUACAAAAAUUAUUCGAACAGAUCGGGGCAAUUGAAAAAAUCCAUUUGAGCAAGAAGGUCUCUGAAAAUAAUAUUAAACGCAAUAGAGGCUAUGCAUUUAUUACAUUUAAAAAUACAAAUGACGCCACAUCUGCUUUGAUUCUAAAUGAUUCUGUUAUAGACGGCAGAAGCAUUUUGGUGUCUAAGUUUCUCGGUGAAGACAGUAGGGGCAAGUAUGAACAGGGCAGCAGCUACCUGGGUGGGCAGCUCCAUGGGGAGAGGAGAGACGCACAGGAAUAUCCCCCACGAGGGGGUAAGUAUAACACCAAUAGGAAAGGCCAAUACCACUACACAAAUCACAACGUUAAGAGUAACUACCCAUAUGAAAGAAGAAGAAUAAAUUUGAACAAGCCAGUCGAUGCUAACAUAGCAGUGGAAAAAAGAACCGAUCAGGCGGAGGGACAAACUACUCCACUAACUAAUGAUGAUUUUCGAAAAUUUUUUUUUAAAUAA